AUGCAAAAAAAAAGUCAUCAUUCCGAACAUUCCGAUGGUUCUAACGGCUCAAGCGGUUUAGCUUUAUUACCAGCUUCGGAGCUUGUGAUUGUGACACCUAAACCUUCCUCUUUAGAAGUAGAUCUCCCUGGUGUCGGUCGGUCCGGAACAAUUUCUCCCAAAUCUAUUAAAAAUCCGUCUAAUCUGUCACAAUCUCCUCGCCGGUUUUCUUCCUCUUCAACCCGCAGCUAUGAAACCAACGAUUAUUUUUCAGCUUCGUCUUCUCCUGUAAAUCAGCGGGUAUCUUCAGCAAUGUCUUUAUACGCCUCAACUACUGCCAGACCUACAAAGAACGAUAUUCCAUCAGUAGCUCCCACUAUCAUAAAAAAAGUAAAACCUACCGAUUUCAGUAGCUAUCUUAAACAAAUUACUCCUGUUUUUGAGAGGUACAGUUAUAACAAAGAAUGUGGUGUAGAAAAUUCGCAAUCUAUCAGGAAAUCAACUUCUUCUUUCACCGAAUCUCCUGUUGCUUCCACUACAAAAAUCUUGGCAAAUCUCGAGAAUUUGCCAAACGUCGAUUCUGAAAUCCCUGCACACCGACUAGAGAGUACAAGAAAUCCUUAUUCCGUGCGUAUGCCUCCUUUUUCUCCUGAUGAUGACCAGCCCUUAGAACCUGUAAUCGAUCUUCCAUUACUAGAGACAGUCCCUUCAAUAUUUUUUGAUCCUGACUUUAAUCUAGAAAACCCUAGAACAUUUGAUCUUGUGUGUGAAAACACUGAUAUUAUCGAUGGUAACCCUAAGAAUCCGACUAUUUCGACAAACGCAAUCCUUCAAGAAAAGCUUUCUCAUUAUCUUGAUACGGUUGAAGUGCAUCUUAUUAAAGAAAUUUCUCUACGAUCAUCUUCAUUUUUCGAAGCUUUAUCAAAUCUUCAAGCUUUACAUUCCGAAACAUUAGAAUGCAUUUCUCAAAUAAACAAUUUACGUCAACAAUUAACACAUAUAGAUGAUUCUCAAGCCAAACAAGGGCUUGAAAUUGUGAGGCUAAAACGGCGCCGUGCAAAUAUGGGUAAACUUUAUGAGGGUUUAAGGAUGGUCGCAGAAAUUAGCUCAACUCAAUCAGUAAUACAGGCGUUAUUGGGACAGGGUGAUUAUUUUUCUGCUUUGGAUUUAAUUGAGGAAACAAAUUCUAUUUUGAAUGGUGGCGAGAGUCAACGACCUCAAUUGGAAGAGUUAAUUAACGAGCAAAGCUUAAAAACUCCAAUCUCAUCAACAAAUAAUCAUAGAAUGAUGAUUGCUAAUAGAUUAAGUAAUGUAGCGGAUGGGUUCAAAAGGUCUGGUACCAUCGAUUUAAGAGGAGUAAGAGUAUUAAUGUAUUUUGGUGGGCAACUUGGUGACAUGUACAAGUCAAUCGGUGUAAUGAUGGAAAAUGAUCUGUUGAACAUGUUGUUUAUGGAUUUUGAAGAACAUGUUGAAAAUGUGAACACUACAAAUGCAAUAAAUAUUCUUUGUAAUGAUAAUAAGAUUAAUCAUUCCGUAAAACAUAGUACCCCUUCAAUCAGUGUUAUGAACGAUCCUGUUGUAAUAGAUAAUGAAGAAAGGUUGAAAAAAAGAAUAACGCCAUUAGUUUUAGGCUUAUACAGAAUAAAUCGAUUCGCGUCUGCUUUGCAAGCAUAUCGCGAGAGGAUGUUGGAGGAAGUCAAAAAAAUGGUCCAAAUUCAAAAGCAUUUUAAAUCUUCAAUGACUCUCACAGAAGCUAAAGAUGAUCACUCAAGUUAUUCAUCAACGGAACCUACAAAGUUAUUGAAAGGAAUGACUUUUGAUGCUUUUUUAGACACGUUGUUGUCAAUAUAUGCAAUAUUACUUGAAGGACUUAAGAGAAUUGCAAUUUAUCAUGAACUUUUCUCCGUUAUUCUAGCUGAUGCUCAAAAAGUCAGUUGGGGACCUCAAUUUGACCUAUUAGAGAAUGAAAAAGGUUCAUCAAAUAAGGACCUACAGGUAAACGAUGAUGAUAAAUCACAGAAAGAAACUGAAGCCAAAAUGUCGGAUAUUAAAACUCAAACUGAGUCUAAUACUGCUUCCGGAAAUUCAAAAAUCAGUACUGCUUUGAAAAUUACUAUUGGAAUAAAAUCAAUAAUACAAAAAACCCAAUCUUUAGCAUUAAAAUCAUCGACAUCUUCACGAGAUCCACAACCUAAAAAGCUAGAACCCACCCCUAAAGCGGAAAUAAAAUUUGAUUCUAAUAGUCAAUACACACAGUUAGUAUCCGAUUCUUCACAAAUAGUAUAUGCUGUAGCAGAUUUGGCACAUGUACGAUGUGCUAAAUUGAUGUCAGUUCGUGCAGAUCAGAAUGCUCAAUUGAACCAAAAAGAUUUUUAUCGAUUAUUCAAUGUUACAUGGGCAUUCGUUUUGGAGUGUGAAAGUUUAUGUGGGCGUAUGUGUUAUGGUCUGCGAGGAACAAUAAUUUCUCAGGCCAAAGCAUUUUUGACUCAUUUUCAUAUGGAAAGGACAAAGCAAGAGGCAACAUUAGUUGAGAAUGAACAAUGGAUACAAGCUGGUGUGCCCAUUGAUUUUCAGCGAAUUGUAGAUAAAAUUAUAGAUGCCUCUACAAAAGGGUUAUCGAAUUUCAAGGACAGUCCAUUAGACCAUCUAUCACCACCAGCUUCACCAGUAUAUCCACCUCCAGAUGCCCAAAUUAAUUAUAACAAUGACGUCAACGGCACGAAUGAAAAAGACCGUAUUCAGAACAAUUCUCCCGUGCAAUCAAACGGUCCGAACUCUUAUAUGGAAUCAUUAGUUAAGGAAACUACGACUCUGCAUAAGGUUUUAAACAAAUAUCUUCCGCAGGAAAUUCUGCAGAACGUAAUGUUAGAUGUAUUUAAAUCGUCAAAUACAAAGAUUGCAGAAGAAAUUGCUAAAGUGGAUAUUUAUACACCUCUUGGGAAAGAACGACAAUUAAUGGUAGACAAUCCUUAUGCUAACUACAAACUGUUAAAGGAAACGGCUCUGCUACUACGAGAUAUCGUAGAACUAUGCAGUUCGGUUCGAGUCUGCGGAACACUAAUAGUGUUUGAAGUUAAAUUCACUACGUAUAUCGAGAGUUUACAUCCCGGAA